AUGCACUCAAGCCCGUCUCUCAAAGCAGCCGCUCGCUGUCUCAACCGACAUUGGUCUGAAGCACCUUGUGAAGGCAAGAGGCUGCACCGGUACUACGCGUCGUCGGCGAAGCCAGAGCAUGUCCAUACGAGCACUAUGCUUCCUGCUCCGCGUAUAGACUAUCGGGCCAUAGUACAGAAUGCCGAAACCAAGGCACGCAAUGCCCUCCAACGAAAAGCACCUCUACCGGACGACGGAAUCUCAAAAAUAGCAAGUUUGUACAAGGAACACACGGAUAUUUCUACGACGCUCAACUCGAAACGGAACGAGCGGUCUUCCGUUGGGGAGAAGAUACAGAGGGCUGCGAAAGAUAAAGAGGUCAAGGGUGUGCUAUUGGAGGAAGCAAAAACCCUGAAAGAAGACAUAGCUCAACUAGAGGCCAAGUUGUCCACGGUCGCAGACCAGCUCCUUCACCUCGCACUCAUGGUCCCAAAUGAUACGCACCCCGAUACACCCAUAGGCCCAGAACCCGCCGCCAAAGUCAUACACAUGCACAAGGCCCAGAAUCUCGAAAUGAAUCCUGCUCUCGACCACGUAUCCACUGCAAAGGCCCUCGACCUAGUUGAUUUUGAAUCCGGUUCCCUUGCAACGGGUUCGUCGUGGUAUUACCUCCAAAAUGAAGCCGCUCUCCUGGAAAUUGCGCUAACGAAUUACGCGCUUACUGUCGCCAUGGAUCAUGGGUUCACCCCAGUUCUCACACCCGACGUCGUGCGUUCAGAUAUUGCCAGUAGAUGUGGAUUCCAGCCGCGCGACCACUCUGACCCCCCUGUAUCGCAAGUCUACCACAUCGAGUCCGGGGCCUCGUCUCCCCAGUUGAUACUUUCUGGAACUGCAGAAAUCCCGCUGGCUGCAAUGUUUGCGAAUAAAAUAUUCCCAGCACACUUCCUCCCGAAAAAAGUUGUUGGCCUUGGCAGAGCGUUUCGUGCGGAGGCUGGCGCGAGAGGUGCUGAUACGAGGGGUUUGUACAGAGUUCAUCAGUUCUCUAAGGUCGAGUUAUUCGCGGUGACAACACCCGACAAAAGUCCAGCCAUGAUGGAGGAAAUGAAACGGAUUCAGAUGGACAUAUAUUCCGCACUCGACAUACCAUUCAGGGUUCUUGAUAUGCCUUCUGAGGAACUCGGAGCCAGCGCGUAUCGUAAGUACGAUAUGGAGUCUUGGAUGCCUGGAAGAGGCGGCUGGGGAGAGAUAUCAUCCCUGUCGAACUGUACAGACUACCAAGCGCGGCGUCUGCACAUCCGAUACCGACCGAAUGCAGACCCCAAUUUCAGCAAAGGUAGUCCGUCACCAACAACCCAAAAAGACACAGCGCCUGCUCUUCCAUUUGCUCACACGUUGAACGGAACUGCGGCAGCUAUUCCAAGGCUUAUAGUAGCUCUCCUUGAAAACGGCGUCGAACUGGACAGCCAGGGCAAGAUAUUAGCUGUGCACCUACCCCGCUGUUUGGAACCCCACUGGCUCGCUCGCUCUGUUAUGCCCAACACGAAAAUCCAAUGGCGAUGA